AUGCCUCCUAGGAAGUAUAUUUUUGGAUGUGAAAAAAGGAAAAAGAAGCAAAAAUUAGAAAAUUUUAUUCAAUCUCAAUCGAGAGCGCUUGAUAAAUUUUUUGGUAGCAAGAAACAAAUAGAAAGUUCAUGUUUGAUUGAUGAAGAUUUGGUAAUUGAAGAACUUAAUCAAUGUAAUGAGAAUGAUAAUGAAGAUUUGGGUGUUGAAGAGCCUAUUGAAUGCUUGAAUGAGAAUGACAAUGAAGAUUUGGUGAAUGAGAAAGCCACUGAAAGUGAAGAUUUUAAUGUUGAAUAUGGACAUUUAAAUAUUAAUGACCCAAAGAAGCAAGAUAGGAAAUGGCUAGUAUAUUCAGAUGCUUCAAACAAAGUAUUUUGCUUUUGUUGUGAGUUGUUUAAGGAAGAUGGGAACAAGACUCAGUUGGUUACUAAUGGAUUUAAAGAUUGGAAGAAUCUAGGUCACAGGCUUAGAAGUCAUGAAACUAGCAAUGAGCACAUUACUUGUAUGAGCAAAUGGAUUGAAUUGUUGUUUAAGGAAGAUGGGAACAAGACUCAGUUGGCUACUAAUGGAUUUAAAGAUUGGAAGAAUCUAGGUCACAGGCUUAGAAGUCAUGAAACUAGCAAUGAGCACAUUACUUGUAUGAGCAAAUGGAUUGAAUUGGAAAAAAGAUUGCAAAAGAAUGAAACAAUUGAUAACGGUGUUCAAGAACAAAUCAAUAGGGAGAGAGAACAUUGGAAAAAUGUGUUACUAAGGAUAAUUGCUAUUGUGAGAACUCUUGCUAAAAAUAAUUUAGCGUUUUGUGGAGAAAAUGAGAAGAUUUAUCAAGAAAGAAAUGAGAACUUUUUGAGUUUAAUUGAAAUGGUUGCUCAAUUUGAUUCGAUGUUGGCGGGUGAGAUCAAAAGUACAAUUGUGAAAAGAAUCAAAGAAGUGAAAUAUUUUUCAGUUAUUCUUGAUUGUACUCCAGAUGUUAGUCAUGAAGAACAAAUGUCUCUUGUAAUAAGAUGUGUGGAUGUUUCAACUAAUCAAGUAAAGGUGGAAGAGUUCUUUUUAGAAUUUUUAAAAGUGGAUGACACAUCGGGGUUGGGUCUUUUUAAUGUAAUUAAAGAGCGGUGGAAAGUUUUCAAAGAUCAUGCGGAAGGUCUCACAUUGAAGCCAUUGUCACAAACAAGGUGGGAAAGUCGCGUUGAAAGUGUUAAAGCAAUAAGAUAUCAAGCUCCACAAAUAAGAGAUGCUUUAAAUCGUUUGGCAAAUCUUGGUGAACCCCACAAUACAAAGAGUGAAGAUGAGUCUUUAGCAACAUACGAAAUUGAGAACUUUGAAUUUUUGCUUGGCAUGAUUAUUUGGCACAAUUUAUUGUUUGCAGUUAACUUAGUUAGCAAAAUAUUUCAAAGGGAAGACAUGCAUAUUGAUGUUGCUAUAAUUCAGUUAAAAGGACUCAUUACCUUUCUUGAAAAGUAUAGAGAAACUGAAUUUUUGGAUGCCAUGAUUGAGGCAAAAGAAGUUGCUACUCUAAUGGAACUUGAUCCAGUAUUUCGUGAAAAGCGUGUCAUUCGUAGAAAGAAGCAAUUUGAUGAGAAUGUUAGUGAAGAGGUGACACAGAUUGCUGAAGAAUCUUUUAGAAUUAAUUACUUUAUGUAUAUAAUUGAUCAAGCUCUUUCUUCACUUAAGAGUAGGUUUGAACAAUUUCAAGUAUAUGAGGAAAAUUUUGGAUUUUUGUUUGAUUUGAAAAAGUUGAGUUCUACCAACAAGGAAUGUUUGAAGACUUAUUGUGUUAAUCUUGAAGAUUUUCUGAAACAUGAUGAACUUUCUGAUAUUGAUGGGAGAGAUCUAUUUUCAGAGUUGAAUGUCUUGAAAGAAGUUUUACCGGAAGGAAUCAAAAUGCCAAUUGAAGUAUUAAAUUAUUUGAAAACAAUGGAUGGUUGUUUCCCAAAUGCAUCGAUUGUGUAUAGAAUUUUGUUAACUAUACCUAUUAUAGUGGCCUCUGGAGAAAGAAGUUUUUCAAAGUUGAAGUUAAUCAAAUCUUACCUUCGGCCAACUAUGUCACAAGAAAGAUUGAAUGGGUUAGCUUUGUUAUCCAUUGAAAAGGAUAUGGUGGAUAAAUUCGAUUAUGCAAGCUUCAUUAGUGAUUUUGCAGCUAAAAAUGUGAGAAGAGUAAUGUUUAUGUGA